AUUUGCCCUCCUAUAAUGUCGUUUUAGGAAAAACAUUCAUACCUGGACAUCACUUGACACCCUGUGCACAAGCUUUAUGAGAAUGGUCUGAAAAAUUAUCUAGUAUCAUCAAUUGAGCGCAAACAAAAUUACCACAAUGUUGGUCACAUUCAACAGGCUGUGUAGACGCUGGAGUCCACGGUCUAUAAGCUGCUUCUCUACACCUUCCAACGUUACCCCAAGCCAACACAUGACUGUUCAAAGCUGCGACAACCAUUGCAAGCAUCAAGUAUUCAACCACAGAAGUUCUCAAAGACUUAUGUCAUCAGAUGUGUUUGAUGCUCAACGUGCUGUGAGUAGUCACGGAAGCGUCAUUCUUAACUGUGGUGCAAUUCAGCAAUGUCAACAUGCUGACCAGCCUUCACUCUUUCGUAGAACGCAUAAACCCCGCCCUGUGCUGUGUAUUCACAAGCACAUGUAUUCGCAGCUUCACAGACAACACAAUCAACUCUGUAUAAAUCAGAUUGGAGCUGGUCUAGGACGGCACGAUUUACAAUGUAAUAGAUGGACUAGAUGUGAUUCAAGACCUAUGAGCGUAUUGAGUUCCAUGGUGGAUGCAGCACCCAGCAAAGUCCAGCCUUACCUCAGACUGAUGAGAGUAGACAAGCCUAUAGGAACGUGGUUGUGCUACUGGCCGAGUGCUUGGGGCAUCGCUCUAGCAGCAGACCCAGGUCACUUCCCCAGCCUGUACAUGCUGGGUCUGUGUGGUCUGGGAGCUGUGGUGGUCAGAGGAGCUGGCUGUACCAUCAACGAUAUGUGGGACAGGGACUUUGACAAAUCUGUUGAGCGGACUCGAUCAAGACCCAUAGCAUCAGGAGACAUCAGUCGCAGUCAGGCAUUGGUGUUCCUGGCAGCCCAGCUUAGCGUAGCGCUGGGAAUAUUACUCACUCUGAACACAUACUGUAUAGUUCUGGGAUGCGUUGCCGUGGCACCCAUCAUCGUCUACCCACUCAUGAAGAGGUUCACCUACUGGCCGCAAGUCUUCCUUGGUCUGACGUUCAACUUCGGUGCCUUGAUUGGCUAUGCAGCUAUCCGUGGGUCAUGUGACUGGAGCAUUGUUCUGCCUUUGUAUGCAUCAUGUAUCGCUUGGACCAUUGUCUACGAUACCAUAUACGGGCAUCAGGACAAGAGAGAUGAUCUGGCCCUUGGUCUAGGCUCCACCUCCAUCCUGAUGGGAGACAACACCAAGUAUUGGUUGACAGGCUUUGGUGCAGCUAUGGUGUCUGGUCUGAUGCUCGUUGGUGCUAUGGCUGAGCAGACUGUGGCAUACUACCUCGCUGUGGCUCUAACUGCUGCUCAUAUUGGCAACCAGGUGUGGACGGUGGACAUCCAUAAUCCUCAAGACUGCUGGAACAAGUUCCAGUCCAACCGGAGACUUGGCGCCAUCAUCUUUGCUGGAAUCGUCGCUGGAACUCUCGCCAAAGUGUCCAACAGUAAAAAGCAGCAACAUGAACAAGGAUUGGACAGGGACAAUGAGAACCAAGCUGUUGAAAGCUGAUUGCAGAGAAUCAUUGAGAAUGACUCAGACUUCAGGGAACUUCACUGUGCCUGAAUAUGCAAGGAACAAACUUUGCUGUUUCCUCUGUGGACUUUUGUCAGAUUAGGACCGUCGUUCCAUUUUUCUUCUCUGAUGAAUUGAACUUUAAAAACGGAGGAAGGACUUGUCUGAUGACUGUGGAUCAGUCAAAUGACAACUUGAGGGGAAAAACAACUUCAAUGUGCCUGAAUGUGCAAGGAACAAUCUAUGCUGUUUUCCCCUGUGGACUUUCAUCAGCGUUGGACAAUCUUUCCAGUAUUCUUCACUGAUGAACUGAACUUUUAAAAAAUGGAGGAAGCAGUUGUUAAGCAACUGAGGAUCUGU